UCCAACCACACCGCAUCUCCUCCAACUCCUCCCUUUGCUUUCUUCUUCUGCAAGAGUUUCUCUUCUUUCCUUUCCUCUUCUUCAUCGUCUUCUACUUCCGUCGAUCCGGCUGUGGCGGCACCUGAUGGCGGCCGAUCGAGCUCUGUCUACCCGCGCAUGUGGUUGGCAUGGCUUUCGCGAAUCAGUACUACCAGAUCCUUGCCAGUUCCCCUCAGCUUCUCUUCCGCUUCUACAAAGAGGGAAGCACGCUCAGACGGCUGGAUCAUCGGGGCGAAAUGAUUUCCGUCACCGGCAUGGAUGCAAUCAAGGAGAAGCUUCUUUCCGUUGACUAUAGCGAGUACAGGGCGGAGAUUAAGACAGUGGACGGGCAGAAAUCGAUGAAUGGCUGUCUUACUGUUCUUGUGGCGGGGUAUCUCACCGGGAAAGAUGACGGCAAGAAAAAAUUUGCUCAAUUUUUUAUGCUGGCCCCUCAGGAUAAGGGAUACAAUGUUUUGAAUGAUAUAUUUCGUCUUCUUGCUCCUGAACAGGGUAUUAUUUUGGACUUGAAAGUAGCAUAUUAUUUUGGGCUUUAAACAAUUACACUAAAAUGAUUUAUCUCUGGGUAAAUGAUCACAGGCUACUGAAGUCGCUACUGAUCCUUUCCUCAUCUUUGACGGUUUCAUCUUCUUGAUCUUUUGAUUACAAGUAUUAAUUGAAUGAUGCAUGCAAUGUGUUUGAUGAAUUUCCUCAAACACUACCCUGACUUGAUUUUAUCAUUUUUGUUUGCAUGAUUCUCUUGAGUGGUAAAUGCUAGUUACUGUCGCUUGUGGUAUCAAUUCUAGUUUGCCCCUAACACAAUUUCAUAUGCCAAUAGUAGUUUUUGUGGUUGUUGUUGUUGUGAUGCAGCUCAAGAUGCGGCUAUGAGGCUACUUGUGAAAUGACACUUCCACCAAAAUCACAUGAACAAAGAAAAUCCGACAGAUUUAGUUCAUUUAAGAUGCAGAGAGGCUGUUAUACCCAUCAACAAGAUGAAAUGAUGACAUUUAACUUUUCCUUAUAAGAUGAAAUAUUCUAGUUGGUUGGCUAGUUAUCCUGAAGUGUCGUGUUAAUUUUAAUUAAUUAGAUAGUUGAAACUGGAAGGGUUUAAAGAAAACUUAUUGGUGUGUUAUGGAAGAGUCUUGACAAAAUGAAAUUUCUCAAGUUAAUGGGAUAUUUUACUAGCUCACUGUUGACUCAGUUAAUACCCUCAGUAACACCGUGUCAACCUCAUGCCAAAGAAUUUUGCCCAUUGUUCCAAUUCCAUGUAGAAAAUUAAAUCAUGGGUCAUCUCAACAGGGAAUGUGAAGACUAUUAUAGCUAAGCAAAUCAUAAGAGAAGAACAUAUUUUCUGACUAUAAUAAAAAAAAUACUAAAACUAAUGCUUGUCAUUGCACCAUAUGUGUGAAGUUUAUUAUCCUGCUGUUCUUUUAUGAGUGUGUGAUCAUAUUUUCAACUUGGUAUAUGAAAAAACUACAUGGUUGCAUUUCCUAUUUUCAUAUGAUUGAAUGCAUGACAUAAGUUUUUACUUUAAAACUAGAAUAAUAACUUUUUGCUUAUAUAUGUUUAUGGCAUUUCCUCUGCAUUCAUUGUUUAUGGUUAAGUUAUUUUCAAUUUUUUCUCCUUUAUUUCUCAAUUAGUCUAUGAAUUUUGGUUUUUGUCAUUUCUCAGUUUUAUGUAUGAAUUAAGCAUGUUUAAUUGUCAAAAAAAAAAUCCUCUUUUCUUUAGUGUGUUUAUGUUAUUCAAGAGCCAUGUAUAUAUUGUCUUUAUUAGUGAUGUGAGGGUAUGCAGCCAAGAGGAACAUGUAUUCUUCAAUUUUAUUUUAGCAUGCAUUUGAUCGAAAAGUAUUGUGGCAUUGUUAAAUUAUUACAUAAUUUAUUGCAGAAUAUUCACCAUGCUGGUCAACCAAUGCCUGGUGAGGAGCAAGAAGAUAUAGUCAUGACAAGUACCUAGAAUAACCUAUUAAAUAUGAAGUGCCCUUUAAUAGGAAAGCCUGUUACAGAAUUGCAAAAUCCUGUCCACUGGUAAAGUAGUGCUUCACUC